CUAAGAACAACAGUUUGAGGUAAGGUAAGGUACCUACUUAGUUACCUGCUAGUUACCUGCUAACUUAGUUAUCAUAUCUAAAUCCUAAUACAUAUUCCUUCCUUAGAGAAUAUCGUCAAUAUUCAUUCUGCCACAAUUCUGUUUUGGUUUCAUUGUUAUUAUGGUCCGCCGAUCGGGUGCCUCUGUUGCUCCCGUCGGAUCCCUCCAUACCCUCGCUCUCACUCGCUCCAUAACACUUCUCAACCGGUUCUUUGCUUAAUUACACUUCAUUUCCCAUUCCCAGCCCAGAGAUGCCUCCAAUUUAUCCAAUCUCCAAUUUCCAUUUCCCAGCCCAAUCGUCCAGCUCGCCCAGCUUAAUUCUGAAUUCCACGUCCUGGCCAUGAGAAGGGAUCGCCCUCCAAAUCAGAUCCAUGGGGAUCGUGUUGCACAGGGCAAUCAACCGAUCCCCAUCUGUCCCGACACAUCCCACUUUGCAUGGGAGGAUGGAGGGUGAUUUACGGAAGAUGAUGUACCUAUCCGCUCGGCGUCUAUCGCUUCCCUUCUCUCUUUACUUUCUCAAGUCAACAGAUGGGAUCGUGGAAAUGAUACCCGACAACACGCCCGAAUUGAUUCCACCUUUGCACUUCCUACAUGGUGGAUUGGCCCUUACAUCAGGAUCAGGCCUGGGUGGCGGCAAUGACACCAGCUACAUAAUAGCGUGCCUGACUGACGGGUUAGUCUCUGUUCGUAGCCGACACGUACAAAUGCACAAAGGUAGGCUAUCAUCACCAUCAUCUCCGUUCCCUUCAGUCGUGGGACAGUUGGAGUGUUGGACGGUUAGACGGUUAGAGCGGAUCGGAGCACCAAAUUGGUUCAUCUCGGCAUCUCGCCAACGCCAACUGGUGACCGGGUUUCCGCUGACAACCGACAAGCGGUCGACAACACCCAUCCAUCUGUCGCAGAUUCGCAGUCCACCUAAGUCUCAAUGUGGGACACGUCCGUUGUCGAUCUCCGCUCCGCUUCAGCCUUCUUUCUUCCCGACAUGGGCGACUUGAGAGUUGAGACAUCUCUCCCGCUCGCUCUCCGUGGCCUCGGUUUUGGUUUCGAGUGGCAACUUUCAACUCACGAAAUAGAUGAUU